AUGGGUGAAUUCAAACCACAUUUGGACUAUCAUCAAAAUGAUGUGCGUAACGUAGUGUUUUUUCAAGGUGCGCAAUUGGACGAGCCCAAUCUAGGGGAUAGCCCCUCUCCCCCUGACAGGAAGAAGUGUGCCCCAAGCUGACGAAACCCAGCCUAAUGCACGCCCUAGGAAACACGGAAGGGAGGAAAAAGCGGACGCGCGAAAAAUGGGGUAAGAGGAGGUAAAAAAAAAAACUGAUGGAGCCGUAACUAUCGUUUAACGCUAGUGCUCUGUUUCGUUCGUUUCCAAUUACGCAAAAAAAUUGCGAAUGAGCUUGCAUUUCAGUAAUUACAAGCAUCAGGGAUUGUAGAGCAAGAAACUGUUUACAACACAGAUGUUACACACCAGGUAGAAAAAAACAAUUGUAACUAUCAUAAAAUUUGAACUACAAAUAUGUGAAGUUAAUUUACUUACUGAGUCCGGGAAAAAUCCUUUCUUUGCAUAUGAUAUCAUUUCUAUGAAGUCAUCACAAAUAUACCUUGAUUUUUCCAUAUCUUCUUCCUACUUAAACUGAAUUUAAGCACUUAAAUUACAUAAAACUUUUAAUGAACCGUAAACAAAUAAUUGCAAAGUGAAUUUAAUGGAAUGAAAUGUUGAUACUGCCAACUAAAGCAAAGGAGGCUAUGACCGUCUACCAUAGCCAUGUAACAAGGUUUUAGAAGUCUACAAAGCUGUUGUUGUAAAUCUCUUAUUCCCAAGUCCUAAUAUAAAGUUCUCCCCAGAAGCUUCCAUACCUUUUCUUGUAAAUUCAUUAGAAGAAAUUUUUGUUAAACCAUAAGAGCACCUCAAAUCCUCACUGUGACUAAGUUAACUUUUAUUCAUGAGUUGUUUGCUAAAUGUGAUUUAAUUUUGCAAAAACAGGUAACAUUCUUUUUAUGCAUAAACUCCCUCUUCUUAAUAAAAUCCCUUUCUGGGAGUAAAAGGUCAAUUGUUCUCAUGUUCACACUUCAAAAGGAUGGAAAUGAAUGCUAACACCAGGAAAGCUUGAAAAAAUGUUGGACUUUAAACUGAUUCUAGGUUGAAAUAAAUUCAGGGGUAAAGUAAUGUAUCUAGAACAGAUAGAAAUUCAAACCAAACAAGUUUAAAACCUUGAUGACCUGAUAUUUGUUUUGAGUAACAAUAUGAUUUUCAAGUCUUCCUUUUAAGCUGGAUUUCAAAUGUUCAAUAUAACUACCAUACUGUGCUACUCUUACGAAUUCACAUAUCAUGGUAGGAAUUACCAGUAGAUUUUAUGAUUAAGAUGAAGUUUUCUCUUGACCUCAGGAUGUGGAUCAAAAGAGUAAUGCCUUAUUAGCUUCCAGGAGGCCAUCAGUUCAAUACCCAUCUUGCAGACACAAAUUUUCUUGGUUUAAAGCUUAAGUUUAUGUAAAAUAUACCACAGACAUUCCAAUCCUAUUCUCCUUUAAUUAUAAAUAGUUUAGCUACUUGCAAUGGAGUGUUAAGGCUACACAGGAUUGCUUUAUUUCACCCUGUGAUUAGUCUUACAAACUUGCUCUAUCCCAUUAAACAAUCAGAUGCUAAACAAAAAAAUUAUAACCAGCACUUUCCUUAGCUUUGGUUAUUUCUCACUGAGUUCUCAUUGGCUUACAAUGAUUACCUUAGUUAUAAUAUAUGGCCCUGGUACUUUCAUUAAGUCUAGUUUUUGACAGUCAAGUGAAAACUGCAUUUAUUUUUAACUAAAUCACACACUUGCAAUGCAUUUUUUUAUGAUCUAAAUUUAUGAUUUUUAAAUGGACUUUAAUUAAACAAAUGUUCAGGAAAUAAGGUGGCGUUUUCUCUAUUAAUUAAAUAUUCCUGGCAAUACAUUCAACAUUUAUCUUGAACAAGAUUUAUUUAACUAGUUAUUUUGUAUGAGAGCUAUAUCUCAAAAGAAAGCCAAAUAUCUCCCUACGAAUUUUCUCUGCAGGUAAAGCUAGAUACCAUCAAAACUUCAGACUGACCUUAUAUUAUUGUUAUUUAAAUCUAAGUAUGAACUUUUUCAAAAGCAUAGUAGGAGACUUGUGAAGUGAAGUUAGAGUUAUCAUGGUUUACACCUAUAUUCAAAAAUCUACAAGUCACUGACAGUACGUAAAAAGGUUGAAGGCUAUAGAGUGUAGGAGUUUCAUUUUGAUUAAAACUAUAGAGAAGAAGGAGCCGCAGAAUAUUGGUAAUUUUGAAAAGCAAUAAUAAUUAAAACACAAUAAUAUAACACGAGUUGUGUUAUUUUCACUUUAAUCACAUUUAGCUUUCCCCCAUUUCCUAUCACCAUGAGGGCCCUUUUACACUAGUAUCUGUUGUACCCCUCUCACUCUAAUUCUCCCAUGUCAUAGCAGUAACAUGACAAACAGCAUUUCAGACACUGCUUUAGAUUUAAUGCAAAUGCUCUAAUGAUCAUAUUAGAGGAGGAGUUUAUUACAUUUGACUCCUCCUGAUAAGGGAGAGGGGGGCCUUGUUGGAGAUAUAUAGGCCAAGAGAGCAGGGAGCUUAUCAUUAAUAUUAAGAGCUCACUGGGAACCCCUACACAUGUUAUAACUUUCCCAUAUUAAUGAAAUUUUUCACAGCUUUAAGGAAAGUUAUCUACAGUAUGCAUUUCUUCAUCUCACAACCCCACAGUAAAUAUUUUUUGAAUGGUAACAAGUAUUUAAGUCUUUAAAACAAGCAUAUUUCGAACUGCAAUGCUGCUUAACCUAAAUAUAAAGUUAACAAUACUAUAAAAUAAACCAUUUGCAUAGCAUUAUCAGGCUGCCCUGUGUUUUUAACUGGAAAAAUAGUUUUAGGGGGAGGAUUGAGGCUUAUUAUAGAUGGGGAGAAGUUUAUUCAAAGAUUGUGUCCAUGAAAUUAUAUGUUUCCAAGCUCAACUUACAACUAUUUCAAGUAAAUCAUGCUGGCUGUCUGAUCAGAUGUUCAGGAAAGGCAUACAAACUUAAGGGUGAAAUUAAAACCUAGUAGAAUUUAGUUUAAGACUUUCAUAAGAUGGCUUACAAAAUAACGAAACAUUCCUAAGCCAAAAUCAGAAUAUUUCAUUCUAACAGCUGUACAUCAUGACUUCCUCAAUGCAAAUCCAAAAUACCAGAUAACAGCUAGCAGAGGAAAUACAAAUGCCACUUGGAAGAUCUUAAAUCAAUUGUAAGUCUCGUGGUAUAGCCAAAUGUCCAAGCACUUUGAAGGACCAUGAGACUUAGGCAAAUAAAUUCAACAGUACUUUUUAUCAGAAGGAGGACUUACUACCCAUAAGGCGAACUUGAUAACAAGGGAACACGGUUUGGAUAAAGAAUGUGAUCUUGGAGAGAGAAUUAUUGACACUGGCCUGCACGCUGAAACAGAAGGAUUUGAGUUUCAAGAUGCAAAAGAAAUUGACAUCAAGUCUGUCAUUAAGAGUGAAUUUAGCUGCUGA